AUGGAUCAGCAAAAGAAACGCCACCAUGGCGGUGAGGGGUCCAUUCUGGAGCGCUCCAAAGAGCAACAACAGCAGCUCCGCGAACACAUCCUGUCCCAACCAGCCGGAAAAUACGUCGGUAAGCCAUGGGACCUCAUCCAGGAUAUCGAGGCCUUCGCCACCGAGAAGAGACUCCCCAUGAUCUUCAAAUCCGCCAAGAUCCAGACCUCCAAGGGCGUGCUCGCCGCCCUGGACCCCAAGCCCAAGACCGUGGUCGAGUUCGGCACCUUUGUCGGCACCUCGGCCAUCGCCUGGGCCGCCAUGCUGCAGGAGUUCAACGGGGCGGACGCACAGGACAUCAAGGUGUUCACGUUUGAGUUUGACGAGAGCGUCGCGGCCGUGGCGCGGGAUAUCAUCAAGACCGCCGGGCUGGACAAGAUCAUCGAGGUGCACGUGGGCCCUGGGUCCGAGAGCCUCAAGAAGCUGCACGCCGAGGGCCGCGUCCAGCAGGGCCAGCUGGAUGUGGUCUUCAUCGACCACUGGGAGAAGCACUACCUGCCGGACCUGAAGCUGUGCGAGGAGCUCAAGCUCUUCCAUGCCGGGUCUGUGGCGCUGGCUGAUAACACGGACAUGCCUGGUGCGCCGGAUUAUCUUGCCUACGUCAAGAAGGGCGGGGAUGGGCCGGUCAAGUAUGAGAGCGAGUCUCUGGUGUCCCAGAACGAGCGUGGUCCGUCCAUCGUGGAGGCAAGCAAGAUUGUGGCGGUCUAGAUGGAAGGGGAGGAAGUUGAGAGUCGUGAUAUGCACCACUCGAGGGUGUGGAUUUUCAAACAUAGCACGAGAUACAACGUGGGAGCUGGGUCAGUCUUAUGAAAAACAUUGAAUUAAAAAAACAAAUUGAAAUAUCAGUAUUAUG